AUGUCAUCUUUAAGCACCGCGCCUCCUGCGUACGCCGAAAAGCCAGGCACUCACAUAGCUCCCCCAACAGACAUCAAACACACACAAGACUUAUCAGAGUCUACUACCCGAGUCCCCAAGCACGACAUCCCAGCCGCAGUAACCACCCUCCAAGUCGACUACACCUGGAAAAACCUCACCGCACGCAUCUCCGAACCGUCCAAUCCCUCCCAACCAAUCUACAUCGUCGACUACCGCACCUUCAAGUCACCCCAUCUCCUCUUCAAAGACGCAGCCGACAACACCUUCGGCAGCGGCACCCUCCACGCCGUCUCCAUAAAUGCCGACUACGAACUCCACGGCCAAAAAGGCAAACUCAAAGCCCUGCGACACUUCCACACCGAGUACACCCAUUUGUCGAGGGUGUACUCCAAGAACGGGGCCCCCGCGGCGAUGAACUGGUCUAGCGACUGCGACUUUCGAAACUGGGACUUUACGUGCAAGGGUGAGGAUGGCGUGCCGGUGGCGAGGUUCGUGUCGAAUUGCUGGUCGUUGAAGAAGGUGGGCAUGAUUGAGUUUUACGGGCCAUUGGGACAGAGCAAGGAGGCGAGGGAGGAGAUUGUGGUUACGGGGUUGACUUUGUUUUCGUGCAUGGUGCUGAGGACGACGAGUUUGUUGUCGUUUUUUGGUGGUGUGUUUGCUAGGCCUGGGCCGUUGCCUAAUCCUGAGGCUGAGAAGGUGAAGGGUGAGGGUGAAGAUGGGAAAUAG